CUGAUAUUAGGAUGGCGUAUUUUUUGAUGAACUAAAGUAGGGGGGAAUUGUCUGGGGCGAUUCCUCGGCGGUGAAGGGCGGCGAGUCGGCUCUUUCUUCCACCUAUUGAGAUGGGAUAUCGUGACCGUUGUUGCUCAAUCGUGUUUUCAGACGACGUUGGAUUGUUCCGUUAAUAUUAGAACGUUUUUUUAAAAAAUCCGCGAUGAAAUAAAAUUAGAAAAAAAAGGGAAGCGGAAGUGGGAGCGCCGUGACCCGGACGCAGACGGCCCCAUGCUGAUUUGCAUUUGUCCCUACAACUGAGAACUAUGGAGAAUAAAAAAGGAACUUCUGAACAGAUCCUACUAGAGCCUUACCAUUACGUGCUUCAGUUACCAGGUAAACAAGUGAGAACCAAACUUUCACAAGCCUUUAACCAUUGGUUGAAUGUCCCUGAAGAAAAAUUGCAGGUUAUCAUAGAAGUUACAGAAAUGUUGCACAGUGCCAGCUUGCUGAUUGACGAUAUUGAGGACAAUUCGAAACUGCGCCGUGGUUUUCCUGUGGCACACAGCAUCUAUGGCAUUCCAUCCGUCAUAAACUCCGCCAACUAUGUCUACUUCUUGAGUCUGGAGAAGGUGCUGACUCUCGGCUGUCCAGAAGCAACUAAAAUCUUCACCCAGCAGUUGCUGGAGCUGCAUCGUGGGCAGGGCCUGGAUAUCCAUUGGAGGGAUACCUACACCUGCCCCACCAUGGAAGAUUACAAGGCUAUGGUGCUGCAGAAGACUGGAGGCCUCUUCGGCUUGGCUGUAGGCCUCAUGCAAUUGUUCUCUGCCAAGAGAUUGGAUUUAAAGCCGCUUCUUGACAAAUUAGGUCUCUUAUUCCAAAUCCGUGAUGAUUAUGCAAACCUGUUUAGUAAAGAAUACAGCGAUAACAAGGGGUUUUGUGAAGAUUUAACAGAGGGCAAGUUUUCAUUCCCUACUAUUCAUGCUAUCAGGUCACACCCAGAAAGUACUCAGGUGCAGAAUAUUUUGCGUCAAAGAACUGAAAAUAUAGAUGUAAAGAAGUACUGUGUGAAUUAUCUUCAAAAGGUUGGUUCUUUUGAUUACACGCGGCAGACUCUCCUGGAGUUGGAAACAGAAGCGUACAAAAUUAUUGACAACCUUGGAGGCAACCCACAAUUAAUAGCACUAAUAGAAAAACUUGGCCAAUUGUAUAAAGAGAGUUGAAAGAACUUUCACUUUUUUCCUUUGCUCACUCUUAAUUCCUUCUGUGCAUUUAAGCAUACUCUCAUGCAGUCCUAUUAUUCGUGAGCACCCUCUUCAGUCUUUUGAGCUCACCCAAGUGUUCCUGAACCUUUUCUCCCCCAACACCUCCAAUCGUGUGCAAUGGAUUUAAACAUGUACUUGCGUUUGUGUGUAAGGAUAUUUAUUCUGUAAUAUCCUUGCCCAGCUAAAGAGUAUUGGCUGUGAUGGAACACUACUUUUAAUAUGGUGAUAAUUAGGUUCCAGCAUAUUGCUAGGAUUCUACCCAUGACUAGACAUAUGAUCUGUUCUUUCAGUGACUGAAUUUUGCAGAGUUCAAGAGACAUUUAUUAUCACAUGCACCAAUUGGUUCAACGAGAUUUGAAUUACCAUACAGCCAUACAAAUAAAAAGAACACAAUACACAAUAGAAUUUAACAUGAACAUCCCCACACAGCAGAAUCAACCUUUCCUACUGUGAGGGAAGGCAAUAAAGUUCAAUCCUCUUCCUCUUUGUUCACCUGUGGUCAGGGCCUUUAGGCUCUCCACAGUCGUCGUUAUGGGCGGCCCGAUGUUUCAGGCCCUCUCGCCGGGAUGAUCGGAGCUCCGGCGUUGGAACGGAGAACACUCUCAGCGGCUUGGAGCUUCCGAAUCGGCCACUUCCUACCGGAGACCGCGGCUCCCGAAGUCCACAGGCCGAGCUGAAUGGAGCUCCAACAUUGGCAAUCCUCGGCAAAGAUCCCAGGCUCCGCAAUGUCAGCGCCGCCCGCGGCUGGAAGCCCCGCAAACCACAGCUCCACGAUGUUCAAGUCAGCUGGCCCAACACUCCGGAGCCUCAACACGGCGAUCCCCGCUCCACGAUGGAAUAGUGCUGCGCCUCCGCCGAAGCUCUGCCAGUCUCCGGCGGGAAAGGCCACGGCCAAUCCAGAUGGGAGGCCAUGAGAGGGGGGGUGGGGGCGGAGGGUGUGACUCGGAGGAUAGACGCAUCCCGACCAGGAAGUGACUGGAAAACGGUUUCCCGCUUCCUCUCCCCACCUCCCCCACAUAAAAAAGACUAAGCAACCUCCAGGAACAUAUUUUUAAACGGACUAAAAAUAACAAAAAGGGUGAAAGGACAAACAGACCGCUGGAGAGGCUGCCGCGCGGCGCCACCCAAUGACAUGAGCAUGGACUUAAGCUGCUCGCUACCAUAGCAGUAGUAACCUCUUCUCCAACCUGCUGCAGCAACCGGAAGUGCUAUUGAGACACUAUUGCCAGUCAUCCCAAGAAUGCCCAAAAGGCAGUUUUCAUACUUGUCAUACAGGUAUUGAGAAAAGUUGGAAGAAGGUUGAACAAAGACUAGGAUCUUACAUGAGAUCUUUUAAUGGGGUGAGACUAUCACUGAUAUUUUUUCGUGCUUGCAGAUCUGCCACGUGUAAUUUCUUUCUUGUGCACUGGGACUGCUGAGGCAAUUUCAGUAGAUAAGAAUGAUAUCUUGUUUUCUCAGAUAUUGCAGAUUACCCACUGCUCGUACUGUGGGAGCAAAAGAUGUUCAAUCACAGUUUGCCAAAAACAUGUACAUUUUCUCCCAGGGAUAGUGUAUAAAAUAUAAACCUGCAAAUGCUGGUGCAGAAAAGCCCAUAUGUCAAACAUUUAAAAAAUAAAUUGGGUAAUUUAUAAGGCCAUGGUCAUGAUUGUUUUUACAUUUUUAUGCAGAUCAGUCUCCAAGUGAUGAACAUUUGGGCCUUUUCAAUGUUUUGAGAAAAAACCUCUGGUUCAUUGUUAGUGAACAUUUGUGUAGAGAAAUAGGCCUAGCAGCUUGCUUUCAGAGCUGGACAAGGAGAGUUUAUCGCCAAAAAUUAUGUAGGGGGUGCUUUUUUCCAGUAAACAUACUUCUAGGAUAUUUUUUAAGAAUGCUAGUAUAACUGUCUGGUGUGUAAGUGGUAUUAAGUUAUUUGCAGGUUCAAUGUCUCUAUGCUGUGUGCCUUAGCAUUUUUGCACUGUUCUUCUUACUCCACUCAGUUAUUUUGUUCCCUUGGUGGGGGGGUUUGGUGAACUUGAAAUUUGUCCUUGUAAGCACUCCGACCAUUUGGGAUUUGCGAUCCCUUAUGAUAUGGUUAUGAUCUCUAUCCUAUUGUUUGCUCAUAGCCAUUGGCAACACUCAGUUUGCUUCAGCCAAUUUUAGACCAAUGUUUAUUGAUCUUGUGCACCAUUCUGAUAUUGUAAAACCUCUAUAUAAAAAUGCCACAAUUUUCAAUUUUAAUUCACUCUGCUUCUCAAUUACUUCUAUUUAGUUAGGAUCUUAAGUGCAAAUGAGACAUCCCACAAGGACUGUUAUCAAAUCUACCUUGACACUCGGCUACGCUGAAAUAAUUGUGUGAGUGGCUAUGUAGUCAAGCUCUAUGUAGAUGCAAGAUCUUAAAAUGAAGGACCACCUAGGACUUCUGGCCCAUUGUUGAAAUAUCCAUAACCAGAACAAACAUGAGUAAUCCCAUUCAGGUCAAUUAAAGGAGCAUGACACAAAUAUCGUUUUUCCAGAAAAAUUGUUGGAUUGGGCUGGUUGAGAUUAAUGGAACAUCAUAAGAUUAGAUCUAGGCUAUUCAGGAAUGACAUCAGUAGGCAGUUAAAAAGCCAUUCAUGAUUGUUUGUCUUCUAAUGAUUUGUUAUGGGGAUACAAUUAGUUCUCAGGAUUGAUCUGCUUCUGGUAAAGAUCUUAAGGUAAAUGUCAUUUGGAUACCACACUACCAAAAAUUGAAUUGCAUUCGGCCUAAUAGCCACAAUCUUUAGUCAGACAUGAACUGAGCUAUGUUCUGCCUAUUUAGCAGUAUGUAAAGCUUUUGGGCUCAUUGAUUAUCCUGAUCUGUUUUGUUUUUUUGUCCCCCUUGCCCUCCACUUGCCCUUCAAUUCAACCUGUUUAUAUGCAUCAUGUUUGAUUAUAGAUCUUUCUUUUGGUCAGCACUUGUAGUUGAACAAUGACCAAUGCCUCUAAGAUAUGAAUCUUAUUGGAUUUAUGUGCACUGAAUGCUGCAGUAGAUUGACAUUGUAUGGAAUUCAGCUUAUACCUCCAGAUCUUGAUCAUAGUCAAGGUCUUGCACAAUGCAACACUUUUUCUUAAGAAAAUAGCCUUUGUCGGCUCUUUUUAGGGAGACCACGAGUCAGUGAGGUCAGCAAGCAAAUGAGUGUUCUAUCUAUAAUGUACCACUGCUGAAUGGACUUCAACACUCCUUGGAAUUGAUGGAAUUUGCACAAUGGGAUUUUUUACAAUUAUGUAAAACAAACAAUAAAAUCAAAUGCAUUAUUCAACCAA